CCUGCGUCCUGCGGCUCCUACCCGUCGCCGCCGCGGGGAUCGGGAAGUGUCCAGCGGGAGCUGGGUUCCCCCGCCUUCGCUCCGGCCACCGCUGAUCCCGGACCCCCUCGCCAGGCCCGGGCCCAGCCGCCAUGACGAACGUGUACUCCUUGGAUGGGAUUCUGGUGUUUGGUUUGCUCUUUGUUUGCACCUGUGCCUACUUCAAGAAAGUCCCUCGUCUCAAAACCUGGCUGCUAUCAGAGAAGAAGGGAGUUUGGGGCGUGUUUUACAAAGCUGCUGUGAUUGGAACGAGGCUCCAUGCUGCUGUGGCAGUCACCUGUGUCGUCAUGGCCUUUUAUGUCCUGUUUAUAAAAUGAAUUCCAAAGCAUCCAUCUCAUCAACUGCCAGCCAAGGGGACAAGAGUGAAGAACCUGUUGAGGCCCGGAACCAGCAUAGGAGAGUUCAGCUAAAAUCAUGCAAGUCCCCAGGAUGAUACCACAGCAUCUUCCCCUCCCAUACGUGGGGAAAACUCAUGGUUACAAACAUUACUUAUGCUUCGGGGGACUCCAGAAAGCCAUUUUCCUUAAAUCAGUCCUCAGCAGACAGCAUAUAGUAUCCAGAUAAAUUACACCCCUGGGUGAUAAUGUUGCAUACCUCCUGCUUAAAAACCCAUCACCAAUUUUGUUCCUCAGCCCUUGUCAGGAUCUUUUCAAACUGAGGCUCAUUAGGGAAGGACGUAAGCUGUGUUCAGAUCUCUUGGAAGGAGAUAGUUUUGAAGACUUGACUUUUUUUUUUUUUUUACUGUUUUGAUUCAGAUUUGGCAAAAUGGAGGAGGGUGGGGGGAAUGAGUGGGAAACGGGAAUUGUACAAUGCCAAGAAAUUUUUUUGGCUUUGGAAAUUUGUCUUUCAUAUAUCCAUCUGGCAACAUAAGACAACAUGGUCCUCAUUGCAAAAUGAGAACAGAUGAAAUUGCUGUGCUGUGUGCUGGGCGCUGGAGAGUGUUGCCAAGAUAAUAUGGGCCUACAUAAGAUUUGGAAGUUACCUGUCUGUGAUGAGACCAGAAAGCAGUAACUCAGACAAGAAAAAGUCUUGUGUUACCAGUAUCCCCAAAAGGAGACUUCACCCCAACAAAUGGUAUAUGAAAAUGAAUCCACUGUUUCUAUUUUCCUUAAACCUUUUUAUAUUUCCUAAAUUACUGAGGGCUAAGUACUGUUACUCAGUUUUAAAUGCCACCACUAGGGAAAAGAGAAAUGGUUGAAGAAAUAAUUAUUUAAUAUAUUUGCAGCUAGGGUAGAAGAAAUAAAUCUAGUAUAUUGGUUCAUAUAUGAGUAAAGUUAUCUAGUAUAAAUUGAUUGUGAUGUUAAAUGGAAGUUUUAUCAUGUUAUCCAAGAUACAAAUUUAUUCUUUGUUUUAAAUCUGGGUUAUUAGGGCAAUAUUUCGUUGAUUACUUGUUUUUCUUGGCCAACUCUUAAUUUUCUUCACACUAAAAUCCUCUUUAGCUGUCCCUUGUAAAGUCUGUAUUAUAAGAACAUGAGAAAUUCGAAUGAGUGAGAGAAGUUGCUGAUAGUCAUAGGCAUAUUUGGACAGUUCAUAGAAUUCAUGAUUAGAAUGAAGGUGGUUCAACAUUUAAAGGGAAGCCUUCUCCAUUCCCUCCUCCUCAUAUCAGCGAAAGGGUCAAAUAUUAUAUUUUUGAAGCCUAGAACUUCUUUAUUUAAAAAAGCUUGGUCUAAAAUUAUUGUAAAAUGCAAGCUUGGCUAUAGGUCUACCAGUUGAAUUGUCCAUGAGAGUAAAACUUGACUAUGGACAACUUAGCAGUGGUUGACCCUGUGUGGCAGUAAGUUGUCUUUUGUCUUACCCUACAAGGACAAAAGCUGUCAGGAAGUUGAGCCUCUGAAAUAGGCAGUUUAGUCUUUGAGGAUUUCUCGAAGUAUAGAAGGCCAUCACGUAAACACUACAUGUCAGAUCAUCUCAGAGUUGUGGCUGUUCUCUCUUCAGGAAUUGGUCCACAGGGUAAAAUUUUAAUGAUUCAUAUGUUUUCCAUGGUCAUUUCUGAGGAUCUUUCACAUGAGAGAAAGGAAAAGGGAAAGAAGAGUUAUACCUCGUGGGUGUGAGUUGGGGACCUGUUGGCUAACGGGAGUCACUCCCUAGAAAUACAGGUUCAGUAUGUUUGCACUUGUUAUUGUGUAGCUUUAAUGGCUUUUGUUUUCUAAUAGGGCUAAUGUCUCUAAGUUUGGUGCUUAGAGCUGUUUCAUAUUUUGAACUAGUUCCAUUUCACAGUUUUAGCUAUUCAAACCAAUUUUUACAGCCUCCUGGGUGGGGCCAUCUUGACUCUUGAAGUGUAAUAUUUUGAGAUGUUUUCAUUCCAGAAUGUACCAAAAAGUGCACAGAGUGAAGGCAAUUUACAGCAAAAAAACACAAAUCCACAGCUUAUUUCAUUUGACUUUAUAUAAGCAGAUAAGCAGAAACCUGUUUAACUCUUUACUUUGCUUGAUGUGUCAUAUUUUUUUGACUUAAAAUUGUAGUUCUUCCUCUAAGAGAGUCUUUUAGGGUGGAAGGGUGGGGAUUGCAAUAUCGUUCUAGAUUCAAACUGGCAUCACCAUAAACCCUAUAUGCCAGGGUGGAAUGAAUUCAGCUUUUUAUAGUUGAAAUACAAUUUUUUAUUCACCAUUGUCUGCACAAAUCCUUGAAAAUAAAUUUCUUUCCCUACCA